AUGGCGUCGAAGUCUCCACCUCCUCCUUCCCGGUCUUCGUCUUCUAGAUCCGAGCCUCCUGUUGAUACUUCCACAACGAAAAUGGAGGAUACCGGUCCUGCUGUUAAGGAGGUGUUAUCGGUUAUUGAAUCUUUGAAGAAACAAGUUGCUGCCAAACGGGUUGUUUCGGUCAAGAAUAGAGUGGAGGAAAAUAGACAGAAGCUGGCUGGUAUUACUAACCAGCUCUGGAAAUCGGCGGCGGAGAGAAAGACGUGUGACGUUGCGGAUACGGAUAAAAGUCUGGACCUGUUGACUAAGAGGCAACAAGAAGCAAUUGAUAUGCACAAUGGUGUUUGUGCUGGUAAUGAUGAUGGCGAGAGCAAUGGUAAUCAUGGAGAUGACCAUGGUUCUACGGCAGUUCUUCUAGGAUCGAAUGUUGCUGUAAAGAAUGCUGUUCGGCCUAUCAAAUUACCAGAAGUGAGAAGAUUGCCUCCUUACACUACAUGGAUUUUUCUGGACAGAAAUCAAAGAAUGACAGAGGAUCAAUCAGUUUUAGGUCGGAGGCGAAUUUAUUAUGAUCAAAAUGGUGGUGAAGCACUUAUUUGCAGUGACAGUGAGGAGGAACUAAUUGAUGAAGAAGAAGAAAAAAGAGAAUUUGUAGAGCCAGAAGAUUUUAUACUUCGCAUGACUAUCAGAGAAUUUGGUUUAUCUGAGACUGUUUUGGAGUCACUGGCUCAUUGUUUUUCCAGAAAAACUAGUGACAUUAAGGCCAGAUAUGAAACUUUUUUCAAUGAAGACAAUGCUGGCGGGGAUUCUAAAACUGGAGAUGCACAAGAUACUUCACAAAGUGACAAUUCUUUUCUGGAAAAGGAUCUUGAAGCAGCUCUUGACUCUUUCGACAAUCUCUUUUGCCGCCGAUGUCGUGUUUUCGAUUGCAGAUUACAUGGAUGCUCCCAGGAUCUUGUAUUUCCGGCUGAGAGGCAACCUCCGUGGAUUCCUCCUAAUACUGAAAAUGCACCAUGUGGGCCAAAUUGUUUCAGAUCGGUACUUAAGGCAGAAAAAAUGUCGAAAGUCACAUCUUCUACCCAGACUGAUGUUGAAGACAAAUCCUCAGGCAGUGUUCUAUCUCGGAAAAAGUCUUUUGGUAGAAGGCGAAUAAAAUGCAGCCAAAGUGAAAGUGCUUCAUCUAAUGCUAAGAACAUAUCUGAGAGUAGUGACUCAGAGAAUGGUCCUGGACGGGAUGCUAUUUCGGCUUCCCACUCAGCUCCACCUAAAGCUAAGCCAGUAGGGAAAAGUGGAAAAGGUAAGAGAAACAGUAAACGAGUGGCAGAACGUGUUCUAGUUUGCAUGCAGAAACGGCAGAAGAAAACAGUAGCUUCUGAUUCUGAUUCCAUUAGUGAAGCUCCUGACCGCCCAUUGAAUGAUUUGGUUUCUGAACCACAUGUCAUGAGUGGGGAAGACAACACAAGGAAAGAAGAAUUUGUGGAUGAAAACAUUUCUAAACAAGAAAUGACAGAUAAUAAAUCUUGGAAAGCUCUUGAAAAAGGGCUUUUAGAAAAAGGAAUGGAGAUUUUUGGCAAAAACAGCUGCUUAAUAGCCAGGAAUCUCUUUAAUGGUCUAAGGACAUGUUGGGAUGUUUUCCGGUACAUAAAUUGUGAAGAAGGGAAGUUGUCUGGUUCUACUGGGGAUGCUGUGAGUUCUCUUGUGGAAGGCUAUUCCAAGGGUAAUAAUGAUGUGAGAAGAAGAUCAAAAUUUUUACGUAGAAGAGGAAAAGUCCGUCGUUUAAAGUAUACCUGGAAAUCUGCCGCCUACCAUUCAAUCAGGAAAAGGAUUACAGAGAGAAAGGAUCAGCCCUGCCGACAGUACAACCCAUGUGGAUGCCAAUCAGCUUGUGGAAAGGAGUGUCCUUGUCUUCAAAAUGGAACCUGCUGUGAGAAGUACUGUGGAUGUCCCAAGAGUUGUAAAAACCGAUUUCGUGGCUGUCAUUGUGCAAAGAGUCAAUGCCGAAGUCGUCAAUGUCCAUGCUUUGCUGCAGAUAGGGAAUGUGAUCCGGAUGUUUGUAGAAACUGUUGGGUCAGCAGCUGUGGCGAUGGCACUCUUGGGAUUCCUAGUCAAAGAGGGGAUAAUUAUGAAUGUAGAAACAUGAAGCUUCUUCUUAAGCAGCAGCAAAAGGUUCUUCUUGGACGGUCUGAUGUGUCUGGUUGGGGAGCAUUCUUGAAGAAUAGCGUUGGUAAGCAUGAAUACCUUGGAGAGUAUACUGGAGAGUUAAUUUCUCACAGGGAAGCAGAUAAGCGAGGAAAGAUAUAUGACCGUGAAAAUUCCUCUUUUCUCUUUAAUCUGAAUGAUCAGUUUGUUCUUGAUGCAUAUCGAAAGGGUGAUAAAUUGAAGUUUGCAAACCACUCUCCUGUUCCAAAUUGUUAUGCGAAGGUUAUUAUGGUUGCUGGAGAUCAUAGGGUGGGAAUAUUUGCCAAGGAGCGGAUUAAUGCUGGGGAGGAGCUGUUUUAUGAUUACCGUUAUGAACCCGAUAGAGCUCCCGUCUGGGCUCGGAAACCAGAGGCACCUGGAUCGAAAAAAGAAGAUGGUGCUCCUUCAAGUGGUAGGGCAAAGAAGCUUGCUUAA